AUGGACUCGUACCAGACCCCCCUCUCCUCGCGCUAUGCGUCCAAGGAGAUGUCCAAGCUCUUCUCCAACGGCACGCGUUUCGGCACGUGGCGCAAGCUCUGGCUCAACCUCGCCAUUGCUGAGAAGGAGCUUGGCCUCAAUAUCUCGGACAAGGCGAUCGAGCAGAUGAAGGCCAACCUUGAGCUGGACGAGGCUCAGAUGAAGGUCGCUGCCGAGGAGGAGAAGAAGCGCCGUCACGAUGUCAUGGCUCAUGUUCACACCUUUGGCACCGUCGCUCCAGAGGCUGCCGGUAUCAUUCACCUCGGCGCCACGUCGUGCUACGUCACCGACAACGCCGACCUCAUCUUCCUGCGUGAGGGCCUUGACAUCCUCAUUCCCAAGCUUGCCAUUGUCAUCCACCGCCUGUCCGCUUUUGCCAAGCAGUACCGCGACCUUCCCACGCUCGGCUUCACCCACUUCCAGCCCGCUCAGCUGACCACCGUCGGCAAGCGUGCCACCCUUUGGCUCCAGGAGCUCCUCUGGGACCUGCGCAACCUCGAGCGUGCCCGCAACGACCUCGGAUUCCGUGGUGUCAAGGGCACUACUGGUACCCAGGGCUCGUUCCUCGCCCUCUUCAACGGCGACCACGACAAGGUCGAGGCCCUCGACAAGCGCGUCACCGAGCUCUGCGGCUUCCCUUACGCCUACCCCGUGACUGGCCAGACCUACUCGCGUAAGAUUGACUUUGACGUUCUCGCGCCCCUCUCGUCGUUCGCUGCCUCGGUCCACAAGAUGGCCACUGACAUCCGCCUCCUCGCCAACCUCAAGGAGAUGGAGGAGCCGUUUGAGAAGGACCAGAUCGGCUCGUCGGCCAUGGCGUACAAGCGCAACCCCAUGCGCUGCGAGCGUGCGUGCUCGCUUGCCCGCCACCUGGGACUUUUGUGCCAGAACUCGUGGAUGACCGCGUCGGUCCAGUGGUUUGAGCGUACCCUCGACGACUCGGCCAACCGCCGCGUCACCCUCCCCGAGGCUUUCCUCACCGCUGACAUUCUCCUCUCGACCCUCCAGAACAUCACCGAGGGUCUCGUCGUCUACCCCAAGGUCAUUGGCCGCAGGAUAUCGCAGGAGCUCCCGUUCAUGGCAACGGAGAACAUCAUCAUGGCCAUUGUCAAGGCUGGCGGUGAUCGCCAGGAGUGCCACGAGAAGAUCCGUGUCCUCUCUCACGAGGCUGGUGCGGUUGUCAAGCACGAGGGCGGCGAGAACGACCUCAUUGAGCGCGUCAAGCGCGACCCUUACUUCAAGCCUAUUCUUGGCGAGCUCGACGCGCUGCUUGACCCCUCGACUUUCGUCGGCCGUGCCCCCGAGCAGGUUGACAAGUUUGUUGCUGAGUGGGUCGAGCCCGCGCUCAAGCCGUACGCCGCGCACCUCAAGGACAUCAAGGCGGCUGAGCUGUCUGUCUAA